UGAUAUUACUGACAGCGAGGUAGCUAGCUUCAAUCCUCCACAGCUCCCUGACCUCCCCUUCCAAGAUGGCUGGUGUUCGAGCCCUUGGUGUUCUUUCCAGACUGUCAGCAAGGCGAUACGCUCUCCUCACAGGUAGCACUUCUCGCACCUUCUCAGUAGCUCCUGCCAUGUUGGCCAGAACCCAUGUGAACUAUGAAAUCAAGGGCGAUGUUGCAGUUGUACGAAUCAAUGACCCAAACUCAAAGGUUAACACACUGUCAAUUCAGAUGCAAAAGGAGAUGUCAGAGGUCAUGAAAGAAGUCUGGGAAAACAAUGCUGUUCAGAGUGCUGUCCUCAUCUCUUCAAAACCUGGAUGCUUCAUCGCAGGAGCUGACAUUAAUAUGAUCCAGGCAUGUAAAUCUGCAGAAGAGGUCACCGCUCUCUCUGAAGGAGGCCAAAAGAUGUUUGAGCUGAUUGAAAAAUCUCCCAAACCCAUUGUUGCUGCCAUCAAUGGAUCCUGUUUAGGAGGAGGCCUAGAGUUUGCCAUUGCGUGUCAGUACAGAAUUGCAACAAAGAGCAAGAAAACAGUUCUUGGUACUCCCGAGGUAAUGCUUGGUCUUUUACCUGGAGCUGGUGGCACUCAGAGGCUUCCCAAAAUGGUUGGUCUACCCAAUGCCUUUGACAUGAUGUUAACAGGAAGAAAUAUCCGAGCAGAUAAAGCCAAAAAGAUGGGUCUUGUCCACCAACUCGUAGACCCUCUUGGACCUGGGCUGAAAAGUCCAGAGGAGAGAACAAUCGAAUACCUUGAGGAAAUCGCUGUUGACUAUGCCAGAGGGAUCACCAAUAAGAAGAUUCCCCUUCGCAAAGAGAAAGGCAUGAUGCAAAAGGUUCAAGACUAUAUUAUGAGCUUUGAGCUGGUGCGGAAUCAAAUAUACAAAACCGUCCAUGGCAAAGUCAUGAAGCAGAGCAAGGGACUUUACCCAGCACCCCUGAAAAUCAUUGAAUGUGUUAAAACCGGGGUUGAGCAGGGUCCUGUUGCUGGAUACUUGGCUGAAUCUCAGAAUUUCGGACAGUUGGCAAAAACCCCAGAGUCUGGAGCCCUCAUUGGUCUCUACCACGGCCAAGUAGCAUGCAAGAAAAAUCGCUUCGGAACUCCUCAGCGAGAAGUAAAGACUCUUGCCAUCUUGGGAGCAGGUCUGAUGGGAGCCGGCAUUGCACAAGUGUCUGUGGACAAAGGCGUUAACACAAUCUUGAAGGACACCACAGUGCCAGGACUAGCCAGGGGACAGCAGCAGGUUUUCAAAGGGCUCAAUGACAAGACUAAGAAGAAGAGCAUCACAUCCUUUGAGAGGGACUCCAUACUGUCCAACCUGACCGGUCAGCUGGACUACAGUGGUUUUGAUAAGGCCGACAUGGUUAUUGAAGCCGUGUUUGAAGAUAUUAACAUCAAACAUGCCGUCCUGAAGGAGGUGGAGGCUGUGGUGUCCCCUCACUGCAUUUUUGCCAGCAACACAUCUGCUCUGCCCAUCAAGGACAUCGCCGCUGCCAGCAAGAGGCCUGAUAAGGUGAUUGGGAUGCACUACUUCUCUCCAGUGGACAAGAUGCAGCUUCUUGAGAUUAUAACCACUGAUCAAACGUCGAAGGACACUACAGCCUCUGCUGUGGCCGUUGGUCUGAAGCAGGGCAAAGUCAUCAUCGUCGUUGGGGAUGGACCUGGGUUCUACACGACAAGAUGUCUGGCUCCCAUGUUGGCUGAAGCAGUCAGAGUUCUUCAGGAAGGAGUUGACCCCAAGAAGCUGGAUUCUCUCACCACCAGCUUUGGCUUCCCCGUGGGCGCGGCCACACUGGCUGAUGAAGUGGGUAUCGACGUCGCGGCUCAUGUGGCCGAGGACCUCGGCAAAGCUUUUGGUUCCCGCUUUGGUGGUGGAAACGUGGAGGUGUUGAAGACCAUGGUGGACCUCGGAUUCAAGGGCCGCAAGUCAGGCAAGGGUUGCUACGUCUACCAGCCAGGAACCAAGAUCAAGGAGGUCAACCCAGAAAUUGGAGACAUUCUGGAGAAAUACAAGAUGACACCGAACCCUGCUGUUUCCACAGACUCUGAUGUGCAGUACAGGCUUGUUUCUCGAUUUGUCAACGAGGCUGUGCUGUGUUUGCAAGAGGGCAUUUUGAACAAUCCGCUGGAAGGAGACAUCGGGGCUGUGUUUGGGCUGGGAUUCCCACCCUGCCUUGGAGGCCCUUUCCGUUUUGUGGACACCUUCGGUGCCGACAAACUGGUGGAGAAGAUGAGGCAAUAUGAGGCAGUCUACGGGAACCAGUUCACGCCAUGCCAACUCCUACUGGAUCACGCUAAAGAUUCCAGCAAGAAAUUUCACAAGUGACCGACUCACCAUGUGUGCCAGUAGAGGAUAAUAAUAAAACUCCAGUUUGCCACUAGAAUGUGCCUAAUAUAUCAUUUAUAGAGGCAAAUAUGCUGAAAAUAAAUCCCACAUACUUUAUUGGGUGCACCCAGCCUGAAGUGAUUAUCAUAUAAUUUAUAUGAUGCCAGCGAUCACAAGAGAUUAUCAGUCUUUGCUGACAUCGUGUCAGAGAUUUUGAUUCAACUUUAUGAUCAUUAAACGGUAUGCGGUGCAUUAUUUUUCAUUACAUACCACAUAACUGUGUCUUCACUUGCUAUCAAGCCAAUCAUCAAACGGUGCACAGAAGCCUUCGAAAUAGUCAUAAAGUUGAAUCUGCACUUACGUGUACAGCUGUUUAAAUAAACUAAGAACACUGCAACCACAAUGCAAGCAAGAUGGUUUUCAUUUCAGGCAGGGGCACUUAAUAAAUUGGAAACGGCAUCUAAUACAAGUCUAAAGAAACGUUCUUUUUCUAAGGAAACAUAACCUGGUGUAGAGAUCAGGAGAUAUGGAGGUUAAUUAUUGACACAAUGCUUGUGUGAGAACAGUGUAGACAAAAUAAUGUUCCUGCUGGUGAUUGGAUUGUUAAUUAUUGAUGAAUGUCUACCUUUGGUUCAGCCAGUGUCUUCUCUCUUUUUUUUUUUUUUGUACAUUAAAGACUCAUCUGGCUUGGAUUUAAACGACGAUGUAAAUGUGAAAGCUUGAAUAAAACUUUGGUAUUGAA